AUGUUUUGGAAACUGUUGCUGUUGUUAGAGAGCAUCCUCACAGCAGUAGUUUGGCUGCCGUGGACGCUGCUGGAAUAUGUCCGUGAUUGGCUGCACUUCCGGAGACUGGCCAAUCGCUUUCCCGGGCCCCCCACUCGCCCGAUCGUCGGCAACUUGUUCAACUGCGGACUCUUCCCGGACCAAGUUCAAGAUCACACCAAACGUUGCCCCCGAAGAAGCCGAUGCAAACGCCAUAAAAAAGCAGCACAAUAUACUGAUAGACGCUCUUCUCCAGGAACAUGGAAAGUCUUUGUCUUACGAGAGGUUUUGACACCACUGCUGUUGCUGUACAGCGAUCUCAAUCUCGUUCUUCCUGCUGGAGCUAUGGUAAUUUUGUCACCGAGUAGUCUGCAUAUGGACCCCAAGGUGUACCCUGAUCCGCACGUGUUUGACCCAGAACGUUUCUCUCCCGAGAACUCGGCCAAACGACAUCCCUACGCCUUCAUGCCGUUCGGUGGUGGAAUGCGAACUUGUAUAGGAAGGAAAUAUGCAAUAAUGGCGUUGAAAACGACAAUCAGUAAAGUUAUUUGGAAUUAUAUUAUAGAACCAGAUGAAACAGGGCAAAGAGAGUUGUCGCACCGCCUGACACGCCCGUGGCUGUAUAUUGAAGCAUUUUACAAUUUAACAUCAGCUGGUCGCAGAGCAAAGGCUUGUCUGAAUCAAGGUUACAAAUUAAUGGAUGAGGUGGUCGAGCAACGAAAAGAAAUACUCCGCUCCGAAGCUAGGAGUUCACUGAUGAAGGGCAUUGACAAGAAAUCCGAGGACAUGCCAAACGUUCCUCCUACCACAGAAACAGAUGCAGACGCCAACAAAAAGCAGCACAAUAUACUGAUAGACUCUCUGCUCCAGGAACAUGGAAGGAAGAGAAUAUGCAAUGUUGCAUUGGAAAAUGGUCACUCAGUUUCACAAAGUUAG